UUUCUCCUUUGGCGGCGGACAGACACCCAUGUUCUAUAGUUUUCAUUCUAUCAAAAAUUUCAAUGAAUCAGUUGCCAUGGAAUUCAUGACAAGAUUCAUAAUGAAGUUUAUGACUAUGAUAGAUUAUAUAGAACUAAGGGUUUGUCUGAUAAAUCCGCCAAGCUUAAUGAUUUUAUCCUCCAAACAGAAGAAGUCGAUCCAACCAUACCUGCUAAACAUGAUCUUCCUACCUGUGAUCUUUUGGGUGUUUUCUGUUCCUGUUAUCCCGGGAGAUGUUAUAAUUGCUGGCAGCGAUGGACUGUUUGAUAACUUGUACAGCAAUGAGAUAACCUCUGUUGCUGUUGCUGUGAAUGCCAUUCAAGCUGGGUCGGAUCCUGAAGCCACAGCUCAAAAUAUUGCAGCUUUUGCAAGACAGAGUGGAGAUGAUAAGAUAGAUCAACCCCAUUCUCAACAGCUGCCCAAAAUGUUGUUAUUCUGUGUGUGUAUGAUUGAUGAAUGUAAUUGUAAAUCUUAAUAAAUAAAAAAAGAAGUUGAACGGUGCUUACUGAGUUUUUUUAUGAUUUGAAUUGUUAUUAUAUAUCUAAAUUAAAUUUAUAAGUAUUUAUUUAGACCAAUGGUCAAAUUUGUACUAUGUAUUGUCUAAAGUU